CCAGGAUAAGGGCGGCCACGACGAUGCACGACUCUUUGUAUGAACGAACUCCACCCCAAGCGUCGUCUCCAUCGAUGAUGUCAACGACAUCGCACAGAUCCCGUCGGACUCACCGUACCCAGUACACCAUGCCACAGCCACAUCCAGCACCAAUUCCAUCGCCAACACCGUCCAACAUAGCCGAAAAUCUGCAUAUGCCUAGUAACGAAUCCUACAACUUUGAUCCUAACGAGCCAUAUAUCGCGGUAGCAGGGCAAGAGAGUGUUAUUGCUGCGCAAUCACCGCCCCCGCCUGGGGGAUAUCGACCACAUGGAGGUGGCUGGGGAGAUUUCGUCGGAGGGUUCAGAAGAGUCCUGGGAGUCGGAGGUGGGAAACGUAAGGCAGAUACGGCGCCGAUGCGAGUCCCGUCGACUCGUAUCUCGAUGCCGAGACCUCUGGUAGUGCCUGUUCGGGACGUCGAGCGCGAUGCCCGACAGCAGCCGUAUCCUCAGCCUCAACAACAACAAUAUCGUAUGCCGACGCCUCCACCGCCGGCUUCUGCUCAUGGAGCAAACGAUUCUGUUGAUGGAGGGACCACAGCUGUUGACCACGAACCUACGCAGCCGGUACAUGUACGCCAUAAUCCUCCUCCAUCCCAGCUUCCUUCCCAUAUGAUAGGCAGUCCGGUUCUUGCUGAGCCUCAGCCAGGCUCUGAUUAUGCUAAGAUGUCUGACAUGGUCACCCCACCUCCUACAGAGAUGUCAUUUUCUUCAUAUAUGUCACGCGUCGCGCAGUUCUUCCGUGAUCUCAAUAAUCUGCCAUGGAUCGCAGAACGGAUUACGGUUGAUUACGUGCCUGGUCAGCCUACGCAGCGGCUGGGGAGGAGAAUGUCAGGAUCAACAAGACCUUCCCAACAGGUGAUGUCCUGGUAUGGUGGUCCGCAUGGAUCUGUGAAUUUGUUGUCAGAUGGAUCAGCAUCUGUAAGAUAUCGACAGAUGCCGCCGCAGUCACCGUAUGCAUACGGUUCUCCUCCCCCACCUAUCCAUCUGAUAUCCCAACAACCACAGAUGGGCAUGGCGUAUCCAGGUUCAGGCUCCGUGAGCCAGCCACCCCAAGCUUUCAUGAUGCAUCCUCAGUAUCCUGUGGGCUACAUCCCAUAUCAGCCCGACACCGCAAAUAUCUAUGCGCCCCAGCCCCAGGUCGCAUCAAUGCAAAUCUCCGGACAAUAUCCAUACCCUGUUUCUCAUCGUCCACAGCAAUCCGUAUAAUGGCAUCUAUCUUGCGAUACCUGUUCUCUACAACUCCUUGAUACUCUUUUUUUCACUUGGGUGGAUCAAAUUCUUGAACGACAUUUAUAUCACGAAUCAAAUAUCACGUAGUCCGCGCCUCGUACGACGUGUUCACUUCAUCCGUUUUCUUCAAUCUACGUCGCAAUGCUUUACAAAACAGCUUUACCCGCAGAAAUGUAUCUAUAUAUAGCAGAAUAUGAACUGCCUCCCUAUCAUUACGCCGUCGGCUUGAUUCAAUCACAACGGAAGU